CCGCCACGCACAUACAUCUGACCGCCUUCUGACCUGCCUCCAUCGCCUCCCGCAGCGAAACUGCAGCGGAGCGCAGCUUGAUUCACUGAUAUAAGAGAAGACAUUGGGAGUCACUGACUUUGACUCUCGCACUCGUGCUCGACGACCUUUGACGCGAAGGCCAUCUUGAUCGACGUCGAAGAGAACGAACGCCAUGCUCAUCGUCGACGACAGCAAACCACUUCCAGAGGUUCAGCCCGACGUGACGGUCAUGCGUGCGCAUAUAGACUCCAAGCAAGGCCCCGUGGACAGCGACGAGCCUCUUCCGCCACCUUACACACCCACACCCGAUGGCGCCUCCACAUCUGCUUCCCCACAAGCGCCAUCGUACACCGCUGCACCCUCUCCAUCCACAUUCACCAGUGCCUCCUCAUCUAUCCCGCCGAGCAAGUUUGUCUCGGUGACAAGGAAGAACAAUGCUAUCACGGGCACCUGGGCGAUCGAUCCGACCCUUCCCAGCUUGCCAGGAGUAGCGCAGCCCAUGUCCGAUGUGUACAUCCAGUCGAUGAACGGCCGGAUCGCCGCGGAGGUGACGGUUGUCGCUCAUGCGGCGAGGGACAUAACACAGAAGACCAAAAUGGACCUGAAGACAACGAAUGGGGCGGUGAAGUUGACGGUGCAUGCGCCUGAGCGCUACAAGCGCACACCGCUCUAUCUCGCGGAACACACAACUAACGGCGCCGUCACUCUCAUCUUGCCCCGCUCCUUCGUCGGACCGCUCACUGCGUCGACGACGAACGGUCGCGUGAAGUUGUCGGACGGUAUUGCUCGUUCGGCACGGGACGUACAGGAGGGUCAGAGGGAGACGAAGUGCAUGAUUGGGAUGGGCAAUGGAGCCGGGAAGGAUGGGUUGAGUCUUGACGAGGCCAUCAUUGAAACGACCAAUGGGGGCGUGAAUGUGGCUUUCGAUGACGAGGAGGUGCCGAGCGCGAAGGGCUUCUUGACCAAGCUGUUUGGGAUGUAAUCCGCAAAGCAUAACCCACUCCCUUUCUUUCCUUCCUAUCCCAUCCCCUCCAGGCCCGCCGCUCCGUCUGCCCAAAUACGUAAUGCUAUUGUUCUUUGCUUGUUGUACUCAUCUACCCUGCGCCGCAUACCAGCUUGUACAAUUACAUACCUCCGCGUCUUCUCGGAGCCCUGCCGUACUUCUUCAUGUUUCGACCGCGCCC